AUGCAGUUUCUCCUCUACCUCACAUUGUGCCUGCUCAUCGCUGUAAUGCAAGAUAUAACAGGAUCUACUCGCACAUUAGAUCAUAUAUUCGAGUAUCAUGAAAUACAUGUUAGAGACAGUGAAGGUCGCGCUGUGAUAUUUGCUUUUGUAAUCAAUGCUCUUAUAGGUGCAUUGAUACUUUGGAAUGUUGUAGGCAGAACCAAAUUGUGCCUGGACUUUAGUUGCACUUUCUAUGGCAUUCACUUAAUAGCCUGCUGGGUGUACAAUGGCACAUUCCCAACAACAUUCUCCUGGUGGAUGCUCAACAUUGCCUGUACGGCAAUCACCUGUGUUACUGCAGAGUUUCUCUGCCUUCGAACUGAACUUCAAGCUAUACCACUCAGCAAUAUUGGUGCUAAAGUUGAUUUAUGA